UUUGGAGAAGGACGGAGUCCAACGUUGAUGCGGGCGGAGGUAGACAAGAUCGAGCUGUCUAGUUGCGCCGAGAGAAUAGUAACCAGUCGGAGGCAAAUGCCGGACGGAUUCCGAGACGAUCAGUUCUGUGCGGUCGGUGACGAUAUGGACACCUGCGAGGGUGACUCGGGUGGACCGAUCGGUGUGAAGCGGUUAACUGUGGGAGGCUUUGUAGUUCCUCUGGUGGUGGGCGUCGUAUCGUUUGGGACACCCUGUACCGCAGGAUCGACAGGAGUCUACACCAAGAUCAGUUCUUACAUCGAAUGGAUCGAACAAGAGGUGAACCAAACUCUGUCCUAUGGAGAAUGUUCGAAAGGUUUGACGUGCUUACGACCUAGAAAUUUAACCACAGUUGAUUUUGAAAGGCACACCCCGUUUCAGCGGUUUGGAUUAAUCUGGGACGACACUGCGCCGUCCUUGUACGAAUGUGGAGCCACGCUGAUCGACUACCAGUAUCUGCUAACGUCCGCAUCCUGUGUCACAACUAACCGCGGCGAUCCAUCGUAUGUCUCUUAUGAUCGCAAAGAACGUAUCGUCGUGGAGGAUGUUUAUGUGUCCCCGAAAUAUGUUCAAGGACGUCCAGAAAACAACGUCGCUCUCGUGAAGAUCGCAAAGUUCACCAAUCCAAAAGUACAUCGUCCGUCCUGCCUAUGGGACCGCCGUAAAGACGGCGAAUGGAAGACGGGCCCUAGGUUUAGGGCGUACGGACCAUACGCCCCACUCGAGUUGAACAAUACAUUUGGGACAGUUAACAAAACCAUUUCUAUUGACCCAAAAAAACAAACAACUUGUCAAGCUGAUGGACUCCUUGGUAGUGAUUUGAUUCGCUGCAACCAUGAAGUCAACAUGGCACCGGGAGUUUGUUCGAUGGACUAUGGAGCAGCAGUGACCAAUGUUAGAAAAAUCGAAGAGGAUCCCAAUUACAUCUACGGCGUGGUAUCAUCGCUCAGUAAGGAUUGUGGAUCAAACUUAGUUAUGACGGACGUUACGCCGCACAUCGAUUGGAUUGAAUCUAUCAUCAUUCGGCGACGACACGAAAUGCUCACGUUUUCGGACUAG